UUAAAAUCAGUGUAAUCAUUGAUUUGUGAAUUUGUUGUUCGAAUCGUUGCGACUCGCGAAUCGCUACUGUGGCUUGAUAUGCGCUUAUCAUGUCCGCGACGCAAUAUGCUGUCAAUUUUAUAAUUUUAAUACCAGCGGGAGCCAAGUUACAUGGAUUGACAAAGUGAAACGAGACGAGCUACUGCAAAGCUGCUUCAAAGGAUCUGCCGAGCCCGCAUUAUCUGUGAUAUACAGCUCAGCCUCUCGUCCGUCCUAUAAGGGCUGGGCCACUCGGGGCUAGAGGCAUCCACAGCAGCUUCCAGCGGUGAUCUCAUUCUUGCCCUCUAUUAUAGAGGCACUAAACACUGCUACCUGCUUAAUUGACUGCAUCACUACAAACCAUUGUUACUUAGUCUUUAAUUGAAACAAUAUGCAAUCUGUGAAAAUAAGUAUAAAUUUAGCUGGAUAUUGUAGAAAAUUAUUCUAUUUAUAAUAAUUGUCUGAUGUCUAAUGUUUCUGUAAUAUUAUGUGUUCCAUAUCUAUUUAAGGAUAAUUGUUACUCCAAUAUUGAUACUGUUACCGAACCAAUGCAAUGUAAUUACUCCACCUCAAUGGUGGUGAUCACAAAUAAAAUUGGUGCUUUUAAGCGAGUCGAAGAGAAGAAUGAAAGUCAGCGAGUUAGUGUAAAAAUGGUAGAUAAUAAUAUUUAUAAUGUAGAAUUUGUUGAUAGGAUCCAACAAAACCAAAUGAUUGGCGGUACGCCUAACUACUGCAUUCCUUUAAUGAUUAACGCCAUAACAGUCCAGGGUAUCUCAUACAGUGACCCGUAUUUCAGUAGCUUUAACUUAAACUAUAAGAUGGCGUUUGGAGCGCCAGAGUAUAUGAACAAGUCUGAUUACGCUUUUAAAUCCUCAGUUUGUAUUAUACGAGAUGAACCUUGCACGAAUAAGACACAAUUACUAAAUAUGGAGUCUGCUCAUAAUAAUAUGAAUUGCAAAACUCGAAUGAUAACACAUGAAAAGUCUGUAGACAAUCACCAUGACAAUAAGAUAUUGAGCGUCGGUGAUUCAAUGAGCCAGUCGGCGGUAUUGAAGACGUUCAAAAAUGGCGAUCUGACAUUAGAUGGUAUGUUGGCAUUGGCGGAGAAUGAACAAAGAAUCUUGAACGAUAUUAAGAAGAGUGAAGAAAUAGAUACUUGGGGUGUGCCUCGUCGCUUGCGAUUGUGCGGUGGCGGUGAAGGCUCUCUAAAUGCUGCCUCAGGCUGGGGAAGCCCACCCACUUCUAAUAAUGCUGGUAAUUGGGGUGGUAAUUCCAGUGUCCAAACUAAUAAUGGGACAAAUAAUACUCAACCAUGGAACAACAAUCAACGACCACCGACUUCACAAGCCGACAUGAACAGCAAUAAGGGCAGUGGCAAUCAAAUACCGCCGACCAGUGCGGCAUCACAAAAUUGGCAAAGCUCCCCACCAAACAUGCCAAAUUCCCAAUCCAACAAUAACAGUGCGCCUUCGAGCAAUGGUACAAACGGAAACGGAAGCGGGAGUAAUAUGGCAAACGCAAAUGCCAAUGCGAAUGGACCGACUUCAAAUGGCAACAAUGGAAACUCGACAAAUAAUACGUCCUCUGCGAAAAUAGAACAACUUAAUUCUAUGAGGGAGGCACUAUUCAGUCAAGAUGGCUGGGGCGGCCAACACGUUAACCAAGACACAAAUUGGGAUGUGCCUGGCUCUCCCGAACCCGGAGCUAAGGUGGACGCGGCUGCAGGGCCACCGCCUUGGAAACCAAAUAUUAAUAAUGGUGCUUUUCUUGGAACCGACCUAUGGGAGGCCCACUUGAGGAACGGUGGACAACCUCCGCCGCAACCCGCGUCCAAGACGCCCUGGGGUCACACCCCCACUACAAACAUUGGUGGGACGUGGGGCGAAGACGACGACGCCGCGGAUUCUGCUAACGUAUGGACCGGACCGCCGCAGCAACAGUGGGCUGGGGGACCGCCGUCUCACUCGCAGCAGUGGGCAGUACCAAAGAAAGACGACUGGAACGCUUGGGGUGAACCUCACCGGCCAUCUGACCCCAGACUGGACGCCCAUCGCACCCCAGACCCCCGACAGCAACCCCCAGAACUGCGCGGAGGGAUAUCCGGCCGCCUCAAUGGCGAUAUGUGGAAUCAACAUCAUCAGCAUACGGCUGCCGCUCCCAACAAGAUGAUGCCUAGUGGUGCUGUUAACCAAUGGGGUUCUCAGGGACCGAAGGACGGUAUCAAGGUGAGCGGUUGGGAGGAGCCUUCUCCGCCGGCUGCGCGGCGCGCAGCGGGUGCCUUCGACGACGGUACGUCCCUAUGGGCCCAACGCUCGGGCAUGGGCGGCGGCAUGGCUAGAGGUGCGCCCCAAGGCCCCCCCGCCCCGUCGAGGAUCCCACCCACCCCCUCGAAGCCGGAAGGUGUCUGGGCCACGCACUCCCAGCGAAAUGGCUCCUGGGAGGAGUCCCACGCGGGCUGGCCCGAUCGUGACGUCCCAUCCUGGUCGGACAGUUCCGCUCCCGGUCUAUGGCCCGUACCGAAGCCGAAGCCGGCCGGUCCCGCUGGGGCCUGGCCUGAUGAUAUCGCCGAGUGGGGAGGCCCCAAACCGCCUCAGGGAGGUUCCAUCGGCAAGCAGCUGACUAAGGAGAUGGUCUGGAAUAGUAAACAGUUCAGAAUUCUCUUGGAAAUGGGAUACAAAAAGGAAGAAGCCGAGGCAGCUCUGCGUAGCCGCGAUAUGAACGUAGAAGAGGCGGCAGAGAUGCUAGCAGCCGCUCGCGGUGAUAGCUGGCGUCGGGAUGACCACUUCCACCAUGGACCGUUCCAGCAGCAACCGGCAGUUCCGUCAGUUUCGCCAGCAGUGGUACAGAAGCUGCUGAACCAGCCACCUCCGCAUGCGGUUCAGCAUCAUCCAUCCUUUAAUCAUAACAGCGGUUCUGGAAAUAGCAGCCAACCCAGCACAGCCCAGCUUCGGAUGCUAGUUCAACAGAUACAAAUGGCUGUGACCGCUGGAUACCUCAACCAUCAGAUAUUGAACCAGCCGCUUGCUCCACAAACCUUGGUUCUACUUAACCAACUCUUACAACAGAUAAAGGUGCUUCAACAAUUGAUGCAACAACACACAUUGGCCAUUUCAAAGGCCAAUUCGUCCCUGGCACUUCAGUACUCCAUGCAGGUCUCCAAGACGAAGCAGCAGAUUACCGCAUUACAGAACCAAAUAGUAAACCAGCAAGCUCUAUACAUGAAGCAGCAAGCUGGUGGCGCUGAUUUGUACAAGCAGAGCCAUGAUCCAUUGACUCAGCUCGGCAACAACUUCAGCGAUAUGACAAUUGGCAAAGAUUCACAGGGUGGAUAUGGCGCCACAAACCAACAAUCGCGACUGAACCAGUGGAAGCUGCCGUCUCUAGAUAAGGAGAGUGAAGGGACGGACUUCAGCCGCGCCCCUGGUACUGCUAAGAGUGCCACCAGCCCCCAACUUAACCAGAUGGGCUUGCAGCCCGACUCCACUUGGGGCGUAGGACGCGGGGCCGAGUGGGGCGAAGGCGCCGACGUGGCCGACGGCAAGGACUGGCCUGCGCACACGCAUCCACCCGUUUAUGAUCUCGUGCCGGAGUUUGAACCUGGCAAACCUUGGAAGGGUAAUCAACUAAAGACUGUAGAAGACGAUCCAGCCAUGACUCCUGGAUCAGUAGUGCGAUCUCCACUUUCACUCACCGCUAUCAAAGAUUCGGAUAUGCUCGGUGGGAAGACCUCCCCACCCGGAGGGGAAAGAAGCCUCUCCUCCUCCACCUGGAGCUACCCCCCCGUGACAAGCGCUGGGGGGCUGAAGACUGACGCAUGGGGAGCAAAGGGUAGAGUCGCCCCACCCGGACUUAACAAGUGGCCCCAGCACCACUCGAAUAACUCCCGUAGCGUCCCAUCUUGGCAGGCCUCAACUUGGCUGCUGCUGAAGAAUCUUACUGCUCAGAUCGACGGAUCUACUUUGAAGACACUGUGCGUACAGCAUGGUCCAUUGCAGAACUUCCAUCUGUACCUUAACCAAGGGGUUGCUCUCGCUCGCUACUCCACACGCGAAGAGGCUGCUAAGGCUCAAAUGGCCCUCAACAACUGUGUGCUAAGCAACACUACUAUAUUUGCGGAGUCUCCAGUCGAAUCAGACGUGCAGCUCCUUCUGCAGCAUCUCGGGUCCAGCGGCGGACCCGCUUGGAGAGCCGGUGGAGGCUCUAAGCAAGAAAACUGGGGCGGAUUCCCCGGGCUCUGGCCCGACCAGCACGAGGCUCGCGCUACACCCUCCGGUCUCAACUCGUUCCUGCCCCCGGAUCUACUCGGUGGAGAGUCCAUUUAAGCAUCCUUAGAUAAGUCCUAACAUCUAUAAGGUCUCAACGUGUCUCACGAUCCACUUAAAUUGCGUGUCAACAAAUUUGUGCAACUUUCCAAAGCACAAAUCGGGCACCAAUACAAAUUAGUGUUCCGAAGUUGCACACUUUUGUCCGCGCCGCUAUGUACAAAUGUAAAGGUUCGGACCGAAAUAGGUGUCUAGUUGUAAUUACGCUUUCCCCUGAGUGGGAUUUUCGCCUAGUCACGUGGUGCGGGCGGGCCGAGGGACGUCUCGUCUAGCAGAUUCUGGGACGCCUACACCCGCCCGCGGUAGCCAACUGUCCACAUACUAUCGUCUGUUUCGUAAGUGUUCAUUGUAGUAUUUAGCCGUUAGCGUUAGAUAGUCGCGAGUGGUGCGCGCGGGCGCGUGUAAGACGCGCGUGCGCACGCGUCGUCGCGAGCACCAAAUAUGGUAGUGUCGGCGGUAGGGUUAGAGUCGCGGGCUACCUCACUCACUCGUCCCGUGCCGUGUCGCUUGUACCGAAACUAACCUUUGUAGGCCGAACGUGAAAUUCAAAAAUGGAAUUCCGAGUGAUUUUAAAAAUCGAACGGCCGCGAUUCCUACGCGGACUACAAGCGUCAGUUUUCCUUCCGUACGAGUGGCAUAUGUUAGCGUGUAUUUAUUUUGUUGCGUCCGCGGGCUGUUGCUGUUUCGCCGCGCGGAUGAUUGCGUUCCAAGUUUUUCUUUCGCGUUUUUUUUUUGUCGUUUUUAUUCGCUUACCGUGUCGUAUUUAUAUUAUUUAUUUCGAAUUCGCUCGUCGAGCUCUCGUUUUCCAGUAGUGAUAUUUUAAUCAGCAAUAACUUUUAAGUGCAUUUUACCCGGAUUGAAUAUGUUUUAUUAGUCUUUAAAUUUUAUAAAUAAUACGUAAAAUAAAAAAAAAAAAAACAAAAAAAAGAUUGAGAUUGGAAGUGCAUUCUAGUAGCGAUAAAUUCCUUUAAGCCGUAUAGUCUGAAGGGAGGCGGCCGGCUCGCCCCGUGAUGUGAUCUUGCCUAAGGAGUUAGCGAGUUAGAGAAGUGGAGGAGCCGAGCCGUCGAGGCACCGCCGAUGCCGAUUCCCCAAAUUUUUUCCAGUAUUUGUGAUUCAAGUGCCACUUUAUGUUUAAAUAAAUAUAUAAAACGAUUAUCUAGAUUAUACGAUUAAUGUAAGGGUAACCUAAUAUAUUAAAUUAAAAAUUGUUUUAUCAUUUUAUAUUACAUACAUUUGUGAGACAUGUUAUAAAGUACUAUAAUUGACGGUAAUUUAAAUAUUACACUUUUGUGUAUAGAUAAGUAUAAAGUUCUAACUUAAAUUUAGCCAUAUCAAUAUCUAUUUAAUGAAAGAUUUGUGGUAUUUUCUAUAGGCUCAAUUUGAACGUUAUUCAAAGUGACAUAUGCUUUAGAUAUUCUGUUAAUAAUAUACCUGUAGCGGUAGACGUCUCGGUAUUACGAUCAUCGUAGUCUAAGCUAACUUAAGUCUAUAGGCGUAUGAUAUUUUACGGCAACGAUCGCACUUGUAAAUGUUCGUUAUAUAAAAGUUUAUUUACAUUUUUAUUUACUUUAAUUUAUUGAUGGUGUGCCACAGAGAUACUCUGCCAAAAUAUUAUAUCAUUACCAGUAUAUUAUGGGGUAUGGGCAAAGGGGCCCAGGCGUCGUCGAAGCGAGAUUUGGCCGCCAUGAAUAUUUCUGCAGCGUUCACGAAAGCGUUUCUCGUACAUUGAGCAUCUUCCAGUGAUCUUAUUAACGAUUAGUGCUAAGUUAGCUGUAAGUAUUCGCUGUACCUUAGCGAGCCACGCGCUCGUGUACUCUUCACAAAGUAAUAUAAAGUGUGUUCGUGAGUUUGGUAACGAUCGCUUCGGAUACGUAGCUCUAGUUCUCUAUGUGUUCACAUAACAACUUCCCAAGUACUGGACGGUUGCGUAUUCUUUGCCGCCUUUGUAGUCCCGCUUCUGGAUUGUCGAAGGCACGUAUGCACUGAGUAUUUAUAGGGGCCAUAAUGACCGUGUCAUCGCGACUAAUGUUAGGUGCCAAAGAAUCAGUAUCAAAGAAUUGAGACGGUGGCUGGAACAAAAUUCAUAGCAUUUGCUUAGACAUAUCUUCCAAAUUGUUUUGAAAUUAUUUGCGGUACGGGUUAUUGAUCUGAUGUUCCUAUACCAUUCGUGUUACGUCUGCGCAACAAUAGUGCGAUAGCAGGCCAACGUCAAUUCUAUUGUUGUCGAGCUCAAUUUUAUGUGAGGGUGUUUCUUUUAUCGAUUUGAUAAGGUUGAAUAAAAGUAUAUUAUUUUUAAUCGUCUGGUGUAUUUCUGUCCACGUAUACACCGAAACACGAUGCCUCAAGCGCAGUUGCCUACUGGUUUUUAAUAUGAAUUUAAUACAGCAAUAAAAUUGAUUAAAAAGAAAGAAAAAAAAAAUUAAUUUUUAUAAGAUUUUUUCAAUUUUUAAAUUUAGUCAAGCCAAGUAACGAAAGUAUAAUGAUCCAGUGCCCUGUAGUGUAUGUGUCCAUAGAUUAAAGACGAUAGAAGUCAUGCCUUUUUAGUCAGUUAACGUGUAAUCAGUACUUAAUAAUUGAGUAAAGUUAAUUAAUGCGUGUGGUGUAGCGGUGUUAGUUGUCGGUUCUCUGGCGAGCGGGGGCGCUUGUGUCGCGACAGCCGCACUCCUUUAGGGGGGUUGCACGCGAGCUUGCGAUGGACGUCCGAGUGUCCGCCUAGAGCGUGUCCGCGAGCCUUAAUAUCCCGGCUAGGUUGUGAAGAGUGGCGUCUGCGCCGCGCUAACUGAAUCUCCACUCGAUUCAUGGACUGCGUCAUUUUCCUGCACACAUUUGCGCCACGUGCAAUUUAGUCUGUGUUAUUAUUAUGUUGUUGUAUAUUUAUAACGUACACAUAUACUAUAAUAUGUAUAUAUUGUGAAAUUAUAUUAAAGAUUUUAAUACGCUUCACGCUUUCACUUCUAACAUUUACGUGACUUGUUUCUGUUAACUAGAAUAAAUUUACGUACCUAAAAGUAAUUAUAAUAAUAACUAUCAUAGAUACUUAUUGUAAGAAAAAAGUAAAAAAAAAAUAAAAAAAAAGAAAAAUAAUAAAAAAAAAUGAUAAAAAACCAAUGAUUGUGCCUCAAUGAACUGUGGUACGUUACCGUAAAAGAUGGCAGGUUGAAUCGUUUCCUUCAAAGUUAUUCGUGCGAUAGGCACCGCUCGGACUAGGUGUAGACAAUAUAAGGCUGCGAGCACCGGGGCCCGCGCCAACGCCUUGUGUAAUCAUUAAUGAGCUUAGCUACGUUUUACUUUUAUUGUAAGUGUUAUGUCAUCAAUCAACAUUUUAUAUAUAUAUUCCUAUGUGUAAAUAAUAUCUAUUUAUUUUUUUAAUUUCAUGAAUUCCUAUUCGUGACCGAUUCCAUAAUACUUAAAUGCCAAAGUCGAUGUCUGAUGCCAUUAGAUAAUAUUCUUGGAUCUCCGACAUCACAAACGUUGACCGUACAAAUGGCAGCCAUCUACCACCACCUGCCGCGUAUCACGGCCCCCUAAUCCAAGCUGCUCUGGUUAUUAAUUUAGCUCAAGUAUUCUAAUGGUAGUUGCUCAUAAUAUUGUUGUUUUAUUUUUAUUAUUUAUAUAUUUAACAUUUCCUUAGCGGAGUAAAAAUUUAAUUAGUAUUGUCAGCUCCAAUGAUUAGUUUUAAUGUAUUUUUUUUUUAAAUUAAAUAGACCAUCUUUGACGGCAUCUUGUUUUGUCUGUCUCGAUUAAAUGCUGGCGCUCGCAAAUAUGGCCAAUACGAUAUAGGUACAAUAGUUUUUCUACUUAUUUUUCUUAAACGAAUAUUUUUAUAUGUUGUAUGUCGGACCGAGUCUCAUGGUAAGCGCAGCAUUUCACAAAGAACCGAUCUCAGCUCGCUUUCGCAUUUCACCGUCACAGUUGUGUAGGGACCAAAUUGUCUACGAAAUCUCAUGUGCGCUCACCGCCGAUGCAUGCUAAAAGACAUAAUUUGUGACGUAUUAGUUUAGGCGUCAUAAUCGUAGGUAUAGUGCACAAUUCAGGGCCUUUUUAAGUUGAUAAGGUGAUGUUCGCUUGUUGUCCUAAUUUAUAUAUAUUUUUGUACGUUGAUACAAUAGAAGCACAUUAGGUGAUAUUCUUACAAUGAAACUAGUCUUCCUUAUAAUUGAGGUAGGUGGCGGAGUGGCGGCGAUGCGGCGCCGACGUCGACACAAGAGGCAAUCAUUCCUCUAGUCUUGUUUUGUGGUGCGAUUAAAUGAAUACCAAAUAUAUACAUACGAACACUUUGACUUAGUGGUUCGUAGACGAUAGGCCGGCCUGAGCAGCUUGGACCCUGUGACUCGUUACAAGGGAAUCGUUGGGUAGUAUUAUUGUAUUGCAUUUCUCUUUUGUCAUAGUCACUCAAGAAUAUAUUUAAUUAAUUGAGCUAAUGCCUAUAAUUGGAAUAUCAGAGUUUAUUUAGGAUGUUUCAUAUUUUACAUUUUAGUGUUUAAAUAUCUAAAAUUUACCUUAAUUAUAGUAAAUGGAUUUUUGUAUUAUUGGUAUAUAGCUGUAAGUGAAAGGGUGUUGAUAAACACAAAUAAUUGAUUAAUACAAAAUAUUUAAAAAAAAAUUGUACUGAGUGACUUUACGUGUAAACAGCGGGCCAUGAUAAAAUGUUGAACUAAGCUAAAUUUCUCUAAUGUAAUAUUAAUGUGAUCGCCGAAAAUAUUUUUAACUGCUAUAUUUAUAGUUAUCGUAGACCAAUAAGUGAACAUUCAGUCCGUUCGUUCGUUCAUUGAGCAGUACUCGUCAAAUGUACAAUGGGCGCCAGUGCUCGUCACUGAGCGCGUUUCUCGUAAAUACCUUUCAUGAUGCAUUUUAAUUUUUCUCACAAGAGUAUAACGCGUGUAAUGUAUAUAAUUAUUAUGUAUGUGUAUCAAAGCCGACCCCUCCACGAAGUUAAUUGAUGCAGUAGACUCCGGUACUGCUCGCUAGCACAACACGUUGCUUCUCUAGUCUCUCGCAUUCGAACAUCGCUUUAGUGCUUUUGUUAUCGAGCAUAAUUAUAUCAUAUCCUUAUAACUAGUUGUAUUCGUAUUAUUCUUUCAUUAGAUCUCUGUUGUACCUGUGUGAAGUUUAUAUUCAUUGUUCAAUUACUAUAAGAGAAUUGAUACGGUCCCGACGCGUCGCGUCCCACCAAAACUUAACGUAGUUUCAACGACCAAAUUUCCCAAUGUUCCAAUUUAUCGUACAACUCGUAUUGGCGACUUGUAACAAUACUCUGCACUGUACACUUAGUCACUUUUGUACCUUGAUUGUACUUGAAUACCUAUAAGUGAGGAACGACUAAUCCAAUUCUGAAAUAUACUUAAUUUAAAUUUUAACAGACUGAUAGCUGUGAUUAAGAAAAUAUUUUUAAUAUUAUCCAGUGAGUCGGAUGAGAAUAUUUAUUUUGUUAGAGGUUUCCUACUGCCAGCGACACGCGUCUAUGCGACGUACUGCGCGUAGAUGUUAACUCACCCGUAGCGCGUAGCUCAUCGCUUAGUAGGAGUGCGUCAUCGAACCCACCUUGUCAUUGUGCAGGACCAUCCCAAUGAGUCUUAGUCAAACCAAACCGCAUGACAUCUGUACGAAUAGAGACUGAUAACGAUGUUAGGUAUCCAUUAUUACCACCGAUGUCGCCUGAACAUUUCUUUUCCUUAACGUUGCAUAUCGUCUGACAUGUCUUAUUCGAAUGAGUUCUCUGUGUUCGUGAUAACAUUCGGAAGUUUUCUAUUAAACAGUUUCAAUCUAUUUGCACUAGA